AGACUGAUCAGGACAGAAAUGAGCUCCACGGGUUGGAUAUUGUUCUUGAUCGUUAUGAUCAGCUCUAACAGCGUUCAGCAGCCGACCUUCUUCAAAAACACCUUCAAAGGACUAAAUGGGAUUAUUCAAAAAACUAUGUUUGAUAGAAAUGAAAUCAGAGCCGUUUACUAUUAUGAUCAGACUGUGGCAGUAGUGGAUCUUGGAACCAAUAAUGAACUGCAUAAUUGCAACUUGAUCGAAGUAUAUGAACCAAAAGAAGCCAAUGAGGUUUUGAGAAAUUUAUCAACCAUUACACACCCGCAACUAGUAUCGUUUCAACAGAUGACGAAGCUUAUGCAACAGUGUGAAUUACUAGACAAAAUACAGCACGAUGGUUUAUCUACAUCAAUGUCCCACACUGUGAGUAAAGGCAAUCGCGAAGUGGGUAGUGUGUUGUCUCUUUUCUCAGGCAUUCUGCCAGGUACAAAAUGGUGCGGUGCGGGAGACAUCGCUGAAAACUAUCACGAUUUAGGUCAGGAAGCUCAAAUUGAUAGAUGUUGUCGUAGCCAUGAUCUCUGUCCUGUAAAAGUUCGAGCUCAACAAACGCGAUAUAAUCUCACCAAUUAUUCCAUAUAUACUAAAUCGCAUUGUGCAUGUGAUGAGGCACUAUAUCAUUGUUUGAAAGCAACAACACAUUCCACAGCACACAUCAUGGGUCAUAUAUAUUUUAACGUAAUAAAAGUGCCCUGCAUUGAGGAUAUACCAGAAGACAAACAAACUUCCAUAGAAUUAAAACGACGAUUUAUUCCCGUUAAAACGAAUUAUUAA